AUGGCCGACCACCAAAAUCAACCAUAUCGCCGAGCCUCCACUGGCGAACGGGUAACCUCUCCCGCCGCUUUCGCGGAGCUGUUCGUGGCGCCGCGGCCGUUCGCGGGGCGGCGGGGGAGGCGGCAGCUGGCAGCGUUGGCGUCGUGGGUGCGGCUGCAGCCCGGCGUGCGCGUGGUGCUGGUGGGGUCCCAUCCCACCUUCCACCGCGUCGCCGCGAGAUAUCCGGGACGAGUGGUGGUGGAGGAGGAUGUCGACACGAGCUUCGCCUCAGGCCGACCCUUAGCCAACAGCCUCUUUGCCCGCGCCCGAGCCUCCCGUGCAGGCUUGGCGAUUGUCCUAACCGACCCCAAGGCUGUGCUUAUGUCGAGCCUGAGUGUAGCUUUGGAGAAGACACGGGACGUGCAGGGAGACUGGCUACUGGUGGCAGGCGCGUGGAAGGUUGAAGUAGGAGGCUCGGCACGAGGCUCGGGAGUUGGUUCGGUUGAGUGGAGGAGGGUUGGGCCGGGUAGGGUGGCGGGGAGGGAAGAGAAUAGUGCAGAGAAGAAGGGUAUCAGUGAGGAGGAGUAUGCAUGGGUGGCAACCAGUGUAACAGGAGUGACACGUCAGCUGAGUAUGGAUGAGGCACUGAGUCAUCUCCAGUCAUCCUCCUUGCUCUCCCACUCGCCCUGCUCUCCCCCCAUCCUAUGGGCCUGGAAUGUAGGUCACACCCCCCUCCUCUCUGGCACCAUGCCUCCCUUCCGCCUGCUGCAGCCACACACAGAGAGGGGAGGAAGUGGGGGAGAGGGCGAGGGGUCAAGGGGGAAGGAAGGGCACAGAGGGCGAGAGGGCAAGGGCGGUCGUGAGGAGGGGCAGCAAAAGGAAAUGCUAGAUCCAAUGGCCGGCUCUCAAGCUCCAAGGAACGAGUCUACAGGCCAGGGGUUACCUGGUUACCACACACCUAGCCUUCACCGCGGCACACUAUCCUCAGUUCGCGGCGUGUGGCAGCAGUGGGUUCUGCACGAGUGCCUCUCCUCUCCGCUCCGCCUCGUGCUCGAUGCCUCCGCGCUGAAGCCCGUGCUGCUGCUGCCACCCGAAGGGGCUGCUGCUGUAGCGGAGGAGGGUAUAGGCGACUGGGAAGGAGAGGAGAAAGGGGGAGGAGGGGAGGAAGGGGAGGAGGGAGAGCGAGAGGUGAAGGGAGAGGAGGAGGGAGGUGUCGGAGUGGGUGAGGAGGAAGGAGAGGAAGAGCUGAAUGCCUACUUGGCUCUCUCCUACGGUUCCUUUCCCCUCUCACUCUCCUCUGUUCCUCCCGCCAACAGUCACUCACACAACAAGCACGGUUCCACCAAGGACAGCAGCAGCGCUGCACAGCAGCAACUGCUGCAACAGAGGCAGCAGCAGAGAGUGAGCCGUGGGCCGCGCGUGUCACUUGGAGAUGUGCUGUGGGCCCUCGUCCCGUGUGCCCACCCUGGCGCUGCUGGGUUCUGCUUCCAGCCACGAGACAAGCAGCAGCUCCGGGGGAUGGUGGUGCCAGAAGGAGGAAGCGGGGGGUGGGAUGAGGGCGGGAGGGGUGAUGGGGGGGAGGGGUGGAGGUGCAUUGGGCGGGUUGAGAAGGAGGGGCUGUUGCAGGCAGCUGCAGCGUGGAGGCGAGAGGGGGCUGGGUUGAGGCGGAGGCGGGAAGCUAAGAGGAAGGAGGUGGAGUUUGGGGGGGAAGGCGAGGAGGGUGUGGGUGGAGGGGGAGGGGAUGGGGGUGAGAGAGGAGGGGCGGGCGGAGGUAGGAACGAGACUGGAGGGGCGGGUGGAGGGGCGGAUGGAGGGGCAGAGGUGGGGCCGCUUGUGUUUGAGAGAGUGGAGCAUGAUGAGGUGAUGCUGCGGGUGCUGCGACAGGUGGUGGGGAGAGGGACGGGAAUGAAGAGAGGGGAAGGCAGGGCGAGGGCGAGGGGGAGAGGCAUGCAAGAGGAUGACGGAUUGGGCGGAGAGGUGGCUGCAGCAGGAAGGAGAGGCAGCCGUAGGCGGAAGUCUGAAGCAGAAGGAAGAGAAGGGGCAAAAGGGAGAGAAGGGACAGAAGGGAGAGAAGGGGCAAAAGGGAGAGAAGGGACAGAAGGGACAGGGGGGCCAGCAGGGGUCGAGGUGGCAGGUGCAGUGGAGGGGGACGAAGCGCGGACGGCGGUGCUGGCGGUGGUAGCAUCAAACUACAGGGAGGUGAUGAUGAGCUGGGUGUGCGGGCUGCGCCGCCUGCACGUGCACAACUACGUUAUAGCCGCCAUGGACAGGGAAACUUACGACUUUGCCCGCGAGCAGGGCCUCCCGGUGUUCCCCCACGCGUAUGACGACGCGUUCGGCCGUGACGACUGCCACUUCGGCACGGACUGCUUCCUCAAUGUGACUAAAGUGAAGUCUCGGGCAGCCCUCCGCGUGUUACGGGCUGGUUACCACGUGCUGUUCAACGACGCGGAUAUCUAUUGGUUCGCGGAUGCGCGACCGAUAGUGAUGGGGUAUGGGCCAGGGCAUAUGGUGGUUCAGAGCGACAAUCACAAUGACACGGGCCCGGAUAAUGACUAUCGGCGGCUCAACUCAGGGUUUUAUUUCAUUCGCUCGGAGCCGAAGGCAUUGGCGGCUCUCGAGGCGGUGGUGGCGCAUGCAGCAGCAUCACCAAUAACAGAGCAGCCGAGUUUCUAUGAUGUGCUGUGUGGAGCUUCUUCUGAGUACACUUUGAAAGUCUACAUGACGGAGCGCAACUUGUGGGGAUUCUUCGAUGGGUCGGCAUCGAAGCCCACGUCGGAUGCUUCAACCGCGGAGAAGGAAGCGUGGGUGCGCAAGGACAAAAAGUCGUUUGCCUUUCUUGUCUCCAAGCUAAGCCUCCAACUCGUCCCGAUCGUGAGCCCUUGCAUCGACCGUGACGGCGCGACUCGUGAAGCGUGGAAGCGACUCGAAGGAGAGCACGUCUCCAAGUCGCUUCAUAGCAAGCUUCAAGCGCGCCUCGACUUCUUCGCGGUGCGGAUGAAGGACGGCGAGUCAAUGCGCGCGUACGUUAACCGCGUGGAGGAGCUUGGCGAGCGCUUGGUGGAACUCGACGCGAGCGUGGAGGACAACGAUUGGAUCAUGACGCUCCUCGCGGGCCUCGGUGAAGCAUGGUCAACGGUGAUCACGGUGUUGGAUGGGACGCAAGAUACAUGGAAGAAGGAGCAAGUGGUGGCACGCCUCAUCAACGAAGAGGCGAGGCGCGCGAAGUUGCAUGGCGAUGCAAUCGGCGCGGCACACUUCUCCCGCGAUGCGAAGGCGAAAGGGUCGGGUCACUUCAAGCGGCGCAACGACGGCAACAACCGCGGGAGUUCGAACGGGAGCGCGGCGGCCUCAAGCUCAUCACGAGGAGGAUCGGCCAACGCCAAUCGAGCUCGGGCGCGAGAGGGAGCUUGUCGGUUUUGCAAGAAGACGGGACAUUGGUGGCGCGAUUGUCCCGUUAAACCGGCGAAUUGGAGGCCGUCUUCAAGUGACGACAACCGGCGCGCGCAUGUGGCGACAUGCGACAACAACGACCGGGAGUUCGUCUUCGUCGCAAGUGGAACGACCGUCGGUGGUGUUGACGCGUGGGUACUCGAUACGGGUGCUACUCAACACAUGACGGCGAGCGCGACGCUUCUCAACAACGUGACAACGGUGGCUCCCGUUAAGCGCGUGAUGUUCGGCAACCGUGACACCUUGGAUGUCACGGGACAAGGCGACUUGCGGCUCAUGGUGGAUGGCGGUCCACUCACCAUCAAGAACGUCUUGGUGGUUCCCGGGCUCGGCGCCAACCUCCUAUCCGUUUCCCAAUUUACACGCAAGGGGAUGCGUGUGAAUAUUGAAGGGACCACGAUGGCGUUGAGCACGGCGGACGGCGUACACAUCGGCACGGCACGCCAAGCGGGAGGACUCUUCAUGCUCGACGCUCUUCCGAGUGUGGCGACGGCUCAAGCGGCUACCUCGACAACAACUCUCUCGACGUGGCAUAAUCGGUAUGGCCAUCUCAACCACGCCGCUAUUCAAGCUAUGGCAACAAAGGGGAUUGUCGAUGGCUUGGAGUUUUUGCGCUCGAGUGGAGACGACGAGAAGUGUGUCGGUUCCCUUGAAGGGAAAAUGGCUCGGAAUCCAUUUCCACCAAGCACGAAGCCCAACGCCACCGAACCUCUCAAGCUCAUUCACACCGACUUGUGUGGACCCAUCACUCCCGCGUCGAAGGGCGGCGCACGCUACGUCCUCACGCUCCUUGACGACGUGACGCGGAUGUUGCUCCUACGGCUUCUCCUCCUCGUACGAGUGAGGGGGAGAAUGGAUCGGGUGCGGUUGGAGUGA